UCCCCACAAAGAUUAGAAUUAUACAGGCAGUGGUUUUCCCUGUGAGUCUAUGGAUGCUAAACUUUGAAUAAUAAGAAUAGGAUUAAUGUUUUUGAACUUUGGUGUUUGGAGAGGACUCUUGAGAAUACCAUAGACAAUCAAGAAAACAACAACAAAUGGAUCAUUGGAUAAAUCAACCUGGAAUUCUUGCUUAAGGCUCAAAUGACCAAAGUCAUAUAUAUUAUCCUAUUUUGGACACAAUAUGUGAAAACCUAGUUUUCUUGAGAAAUCUAUAAAGCUGGAAAAAGUGAAAGGCAUUAGUCAACAAGAACUUCAUUUCAGAAGAGCCAUUAAAGGUAAUAAGCGGAAAAAAAAACUUUCCCAUCUUGACAGAAGAAGAGAAAUGAUGAGUUCAUAACUGAAAAAGAAGAACAUUGUGGGUGAAACCAUCAUUCAAACAAACACGAAAAAGGAAUAAAGCACUCUGGUUCAAGAUGAAUUACAGAACACCCACUGUAAGCAAUCUGUACCUCAGUGGCACUACCAGGCCUGAGACAGACCAUGGGACAACUGUUGAUGAGACCGGAUCAGAAACUGUUGCAAUGACACCUGAACCCAGCAGCUUUAUCAGCACCAAAAUUCCAGAUGUGGUCAGCAAUGGCCCAAUCAUGGAGACCAUGCUCUUGUCCUUUGGCAUCAUUACUGUUAUCGGGUUGGCGGUAGCAGUGGUUUUGUAUAUUCGGAAGAGGAAACGACUGGAAAAGUUACGACACCAGCUCAUGCCCAUGUACAAUUUUGAUCCUGCAGAAGAACAAGAUGAGCUAGAGCAAGAACUGCUGGAGCAUGGCAGAGAUGCUGCUUCUGUUCAGGCUGCCCAAAGCAAGGCAAACCAAGGCGUUCUCCAGAGACCCAGUCGUCUUGUGUUCACAGAUGUUGCGAAUGCCAUCAGUGCAUGAAGAAUACAGGAAGAUGACACCAGCCAGUUAGCAAGCUACUGUGGGUAGUGAUUAUCAAUUCUCGCUGGGGGAAAGAGGCCAAGAACCAAGACUGCCAGUGCUCCUGUUGCCAAGAAACUGCCCCAUGCUGCAGAGUUUGAUUGGCAAUGUUGCAGGUACCAAGUAAUGUAUGAUAGAAGAUGAGAGGUUAUUUAUAGAUACAAUGAUUGGAAUGAAUAUAGUAACAGGCUUUGGAAAUAAUAGCAUCAAUUCCUAAGGCCUUCCUUCCCUGAGAUAUUGACAAAGGUAUCUAGAGUUUGAGACUGCAGAUUCAGCUAGGCCAUACUAUGCAGUAGACCCAAAAUAUCCUGUUGGUUUAACUCCUAGGAACCUGGAAUGUAUGAAGUUGUCAACAUAUAUCAUGUCAUCCCAUCUCAUGUUCUCUGGUGCAGUAAAAGCUGCCCUUCAGUAUAAUCAUAAGAGUUAGCUGUUGUCUUUCCAUUAGAUUUCUACAAUGUAAGGUGUUCUACUAGCUGGUUCUUUGAGGAGGGAUAACCUGGAAUAAAGGCACUGCUAAUAGUAACCUCUGUGUCUUACGGAGGCAGGUAAGCUUCACAGGGUAUAAGGAUCACCUCUUCUAACACUAAUUCUUAUUAUAGGGGAAGAAUCUUAGAAAUAAGAACAAUGAAACUAACUUGUCAAUCCUGAGAUGAUUCACUCCAGUCAGCAUUGGCUGAAAUGAAAUGAAAAAAAAGAAAAAAAAAAGAAAUGAAGUCAUAUUUGGAAAAAUAGUGUUAUAUAUGCACGUUCUUGCAUAUAUUGAAUAAUCAGAAAUCCCCACAUCUCCAUAUUGAAUGGGCUAAUAACUCAUUUGAAAUCCAUGGGAAAGUCUCAACACUUUUUAAUCUUGACAAGAAGAGCAGUUCUAAAUGGAGAUAACACACUUAUUUUACAAUUUAAAGGAAAAAUGCAUCUGCCUACCUAGCUUAUUUGUUUAUUAGAUAAACUGGGAUACCAUCCCUAUGGUUAAGACCAUUUUGCUUAUCCCAUUUGCAGCUGGGUAGAGUGCUGAGUUACUUAUUUAUUAAGCUAAUUUAUUUUCUUUCCGUCACUAAAAAUGAAUAUUUAUUUAUUUAAUUUAUUUAUUUGAGUUCAGUAGCUGCCCAGUUCAACAAGAGACUCUGGGCAGCGUACCAUUUACAAGAGAUUUGGGCACAGAAUUUGGAUUUUGUUUUGUUCCAGUUUGGAAAUGGGAGGAAGGGAGAGUUGGGAAUUGGGUGCAAGGAAGAAAGGCUAGCAAAUGAUAAUUGCACAGAUGCCAAGAGGCCUGUGCUAAGCAAAGGCCCUUGUUAAAAAAAAAGCUUUGUUUUUUGUUUAUGGAUUAGCGAAAACAGUUGGGAACAAGUUUUAUUUACAUUUAUCUAAACCCCAGUGAUGGCAUAGAUCCUCAGAAAUCUGCAAGAGCAGCCAGCCUCUGUGUUAUAUUUUGCUUUGUGGCAUGAUGGCGACUCUGCCUGUUUCUGAAGCUGCCUCUUAUAUUUAUGUUUACAUUGGAUUUCUAUCCUAUCUUUCUAUUGCUUUGUCCAGAAAAGCAAACAAAAGAGCCAUUACAAUAAAGGGCUACAACAAAUCAAUAAAAAGAAAGCUAGGGCACACAAGAAAUCACUGUAGAGAAAAUAAUUCCUGAUGAAAAAUUGGAAAGCUGGGUGAACAGUUACAGCCUAAUUAUGUGUUCAGUGUACAAAGAAAAAUACAAAAUUUCAGAUCUAGCAAGUCAACUUCCCCUCCUGUUAACCAUUCCUGCUGUGAAAACUAAUGUUAAAUAUCUAUGCAUGUUUAUCUAUUGUAGUUUCAGUGAAAAGGAGAAGGGGGGGAGCUCAUUCCCCCUUCCCCUCCUUGCAAAGAAUUGGAUCACGGAUGCUUUGGAGUGUCUUGUCUUUCAGAGCCCGGGUAGGGGUUAUAUGCGUGAUAUAAAGCCAUUUGCUUUGGCAGUUGCUAAAAGAAACCACCUGGUGAAAAAUCAGUAAGGAUAGCAGGCCACAAUAAUGGGUUCCAGCUACAAGAGGUAAAUGAAAAACAGUAUGAAGAAGAGUGUUUGUGGGCACUCACACCCUUUCCAACAGAUUUUGGAACCCAACCACAACCCCCUGGCAGAAUGCUUACAUUUGUCCGCUGUUAAUCAAGGCAGAAGAAAGUGCAGAUUAAGUACAAAUGGGAUUUCAUGCGGUGAUACAAUAUGUCUGUGUGUCUCUUGUGUGUUUUGCUGGCUGUUCUUUUUAGUGUUCUCAAGAUAGUAAACUAUCUGCCAUCUCUUUUCAAAAGGAACAUUUUAAAAAUGUUUCUCAAUCCAGCUCUUCCUUGAAUUGUGUGGGAAACUGUAAAUCACACAAGACCAGAUCUGUAUGAUGCAUGCAUAACUUUAGGCUGUGACAUCAAUGCGUUAAUGGCAUGAUAUAUGUGGUGCGGGUAUCUCUAUAUAUCAAUGCUAUCACUGUCCUGUCACCUAAUUUUUUUUUUCUGUGCAUGCAUUUUGACAGAAGUUAUUUUCUCUGCAACCACAGAGCAAUUCUGUAGACGUUUAUUAUACCGUACAUGUGGAUGUCUAUGUUAAUACAGUGAUUAACUCCACAAAAAUAUACCUCUUAACCAGUGGUGAAAUGUAAAAUUUGUUACUACCGGUUCUGUGGGUGUGGCUUGGUGGUGGUGGGUAAUGUGACUGGGUGGGUGUGGCCAACUUUUUUUUUUCUUUUAAAAGCAUUUUUUCUACAACCUCUUCGGCUGAAGAGGUUGUAGAAAAAAAUGCUUUUAAAAGCCUCUGAUGAUCUGGCAACUCAGCUGGGAUCGUCAGAGGCUUUUAAAAGCAUCUUUUUUACAACCUCUUCGGCCCAGGAGGUUGUAGAAAAAAUGCUUUUAAAAGCCUCUGAUGAUCCCAGUUGAGCCACACGAUCAUCAGAGGCUUUUUUUUUUUACUUUUAAAAGCAUUUUUUCGGGGCUGAAGAGGUUGUAGAAAAAAUGCUUUUAAAAGUAAAAAAAAAAUGCCUCUGAUGAUUGCGCUGCUCAGCUGGGCAUGGGGUGGGGGCGUGCAGGGAUUUUUGCUACCGGUUCUCCAAACCACCUGCUGCCAUCGCUACCGGAUCAGGUGAUCCGGUCCAAACUGGAAGCAUUUCAACCCUGCUCAUAACCAAGUUAGCUCCUCCUCCUCUCCCAGGUCUCCUCCCCUUGAAAGAUAGUGAUCACCCAUAAGGAGGAGGUUGUGAUAAAACCUUCCUUAGUCAAAAUGAGUUCUUUAAGAGCAAUUGCACAGAUAUAAGUAACAAUUUCUUUUGUCCCACUACUGUUUAUUCUUUAAAAAAAAAUUCAAAUGACUACAAAGAGCCCAGAUGAAUCUACGAUCCUCAAUUGACAUGAAUUCAGUUUCCACAACGCAAAUCAAUAAGCCAGAACUCAGUCUUUGUGCAAUUCAGCAGAAAAUGCCUGGGGAAAUUGUGAACUUCUAGGCAUUAGUGGAUUCUAGUUCCCUUUGUCCCUGGCCAUUGGCUUGGGCUGAUGAGUAUGUCAAUCUAAAUGUCUGAGGAGAUUGUGGUUCCUCAACACUGUUCUAGAGAAGCUUCUGGUAAAAAAAAGUAUAUCAAAGGAGCAAUCCUUAUUUUGGGCAGCCGUAAUUUUGCUCCACUGACCACAGUGCAGUUGCUGGUCCAUCACGCAUACCUGCACUAGAUCCUGCCAUUUUGAGACCUUUUAGUUUGCAUUCCAGUUAGUUGAUUGCUGAUAUUGCACAUGAAACUUUUGGCCAGUUUCUUUACAGGCAAUAGCUAAGCCAAUUCUUUAGAAGCUCUCUUGCCAGCCAUCUCUAAACUUACAGCUGUCAGAUACGGUGGAAUAUACGACUCCCUGGAAAUUGUGGGAGUUUCUGCCCCAAAAUAAUUGAUGUGCUCCAGAUUGCCAAAAGCUGCACUGUACUUUGCAAUGCUGCCCCUGCUAAAUAAUAUCAGGUUUAUUUCCUUCUGGUUUCUGUUUCUCAGUGGCAGCAUUGUCUCUCUCUUUCAAUUGUUAUCAUUAGCAAUGCAAAAUAUGCAAAAAAAAAAAAAAAAAAAAACAAGACUGGAAAAUAUGUUUUUGUAAAUGCAGCAAGAUGUUCAAUGAAGUGCCAUUAAUGGAAAUCCUUCAGUUCUCAGACACUUUAAAUCAUAGAGGCUGAAUGAUGAAUUUACUAAGUAUUUGGUACAAACUUGCACUUUUGAACCAAGGAUUAUUUCUGUAUGAUUCAGUAAGUCCGUAUGAAUGAAUAUGAGUAGAGAAAGGGCUGUUCCCUUUGCUCAGCAGACUUCAUUCUGUGGUGCAGCCUCUCUGAUUGUGUUGUAUCGCUGAUGACUAAGAGAGGAAUGCAGAGAUUUUGUCAGGGUUCUUCUACCACAGUAUUCUAAUGCAAUAGCCCUUUCUAACAUGUACUCGGAUAACUGUGACAAUAUGUUCUUGUAUUUGAGAUGUUAUUAAAGUAUUUAUGUGAAAUCAAGAA